AUGAGUGAUGCAGAUAAGACCUCUUUAGCUCUAGCUAACUUUGCAGACAUCGAAGAAUACCCUUUUAUUUACAUGCAUUGCUGGGAUUUGCUGAAGGACGAGCCUAAGUGGAUGGAGCUCAACAUUAGAGGGGCACAACCCGGAGAUGACGAUGCAAUAGCCGAUCACAUUCCCACAGUCGAUUGUGACCUGGAGACACCAUCUUCUCAGUACUCAGGGAGCAAGAGGCCUAUAGGGAGGGAUGCAGCUAAAAGACAAGCUAAGAAAUCAGCCUCUUCCUCCUCGUCAGAUUCAUCUCAGUAUGUUUCAAAGUUGCAGGACCUGUCCAUACAAAAGAUUUCAAUAUGGCAAGAAGAAAAUACGAAGAAAGGCUCUCGCUAUGAGAAAAUGGCAGCCAUCGAGUCACAAAGGUACGAUGAGGUGCGCCAACACAAUCAGCACAUGGCAGCAAUUGAGGAAGAGAAACUGCGGAUCAUGCAUACAAAAGCUGACAUACUACAAACACAUGAGGAAGAGCGCAUCCUCGGGAUUGAUCUCGACAAGUGUGCUCCGCGCCUCCGCAUGUACUAUGAAAAGAAACAACAAGAGAUACUGAAGAACAUUGGUGCUGACGGAGAUGAUAGCGUAGACCCUUAA